AUGAGCAAGCACCCCUCCUCAUUCCUUUCCCUCCCAGGGGAAGUAAGGAACAUCAUCUACCGUCACGCUCUUGUCGCCAAAGACAACGUACACAUCCAGGACAUGCGCCCCGGCCAAUACCAGACCACGAAGCGUUCCGCCAAACGAGUCCGAAAAGCCUACCAGACCGCGAAGAUUCUCCACCAAUGUAGCAGAUGCUCUUGCUCGAGGCUCAAGUUCAAAUGUCACGAGUGUCGGAAGACACCUGACUUCUUCCAGACCGUCUACACUAGGGACGCUGAUCACAACUCCGAACUGAGUCCAGCUCUCUUACGCACCAACAAGAAGGUCCGAAGGGAAGCCCACUCCAUAUUUUACCACGAGAACACUUCCUUCUUUGAUAGUAUGAGCGCCGUGCCGCCUUUCCUGAAAGAUCAAACUCGGGAGUCGCCGGCCAACAUCAAGAGCAUCGGUUCCCAUCUGGAGAUCGAUCACCACGUCGAGCGAGACCCGGCGUCCCUCGACCGGGUGCGCACGUUCCGAGAAGCGGGCCGCAUGGCCGAUUCGCACCUGCAGAACCCUCAGUGUCAAGAUCGAGGGUCGCAGGUGCAGACCCUCUUGUGGAGGAUGGUGGGCGACGGACGGCCUGUACUGGGCGUACAGCGUCACCAGGAUUGGCGACUUGCCAGGGGCUCCACGUGGAGUUCGAUCUGGGCAGGGCGCAACUUUCCCGCAAUGGGAAGUGGGAGCGGACGCUCGGCGUGGAGGGGGGCGGUUGAGAAAGCUGCCGCAUGUCUGAAGAGUGGGGAGGCGACUCGCGAGAAGGACUAG